ACCGCAGUCACUCUUCAAGGUCACUUUGCCGGUAGCUCUUGUUUCUCUGAGUCUGCACAACAUAUUUCUACAAAGAUGGCUAGCCAAAGGAAAUUUGUCGUUGGUGGCAACUGGAAAAUGAAUGGCGACAAAGCGAGCAUUGAUGGAAUUAUUGCUUUUCUCAACGCUGGACCCCUCGACGAAAAUGCAGAGGUGAUUGUUGCCCCUGCUACACCAUAUUUGGAUUAUGUGAGGUCAAAGGUCAAUGCCAAUGUAGCAGUUGCAGCCCAGAACUGCUACAAGGUUGGGAAGGGAGCCUUCACCGGAGAAAUCAGUCCUUCCAUGAUUAAAGACGUCGGAGCCACUUGGGUUAUUCUGGGCCACUCUGAGAGGAGGCAUGUGUUUGGGGAAUCGGACGAACUGAUCGGGGAGAAGGUGAAGUUUGCAUUGUCGGAGGGUUUGAAUGUCAUCGCCUGUAUUGGGGAGAAGCUGGAGGAGAGAGAGGCAGGGAAGACCAACGAGGUGGUCUUCAGGCAGACUAAAGCCAUUGCAGAUAAUGUGUCAGACUGGAAGCGAGUGGUGCUUGCCUAUGAGCCUGUGUGGGCCAUUGGCACCGGGAAGACAGCCACGCCUGACCAGGCACAGGAGGUGCAUGAUAGUCUGCGGAAGUGGGUGUCCGAGAACGUCUCAUCUGAAGUUGCUCAGAAUGUCAGGAUACAGUACGGAGGCUCUGUAAAUGCUGCCAACUGUAAGGAACUCGGAGCCAAACCUGAUGUUGACGGUUUCCUCGUGGGGGGUGCAUCCCUGAAGCCAGACUUUGUCACAAUCGUCAACGCCAGAAAAGCUUAGUGCAACCACAGACCUUAAGCUGUACUACAUCUAAUACAAAGUCAUGGUACAAUGUAUCAACCCUUAGUGAGAUCCAAAUUGUGAAGUGCAGAGCAGCGUCACUAAAACUAUUCAUUGAUUCAAAUGGAUGCUUCCUUUUUGUUUUCAGUUCUCCUUUAAUUUUGAAAUACCGUCACCACCAAUCCUAGGUAAAUUGUAUGGAGCCAGUGUGAGAUUGAUAUGAUACAGAAUACUGUAUAUUCUGUUUAGUCAGUUAAGUAGUAUUACUAAAGGGCAUGGAUUAUUGAUAAAUGGCAUGAUUGGUUAAGAACAGUUAUCAAUGUCCAUGGUAACCUGAGUGAUAUGAAAAGCUAUAGAAUCUCAAGUACUAUGUAAGUCAGUACUAAUCUAAUGAUUUAGUCUGUUGUCAUGGUUACAGACUGAAUUGUUUGAUAGGCAUUACUUAGAAGGUGAUGGGUGACAAAGUAGACACAAUUUAUGGAUACCAGCUCUUUUGUUUACUGUAAAGGCGAUAUUUCGGUAUAGAUUCUAUUCCGUUGUCAACAAGUAAUUAAAGAAGUUGUUAUCUUUAAAUUGUGUCUACUUCGGUUACAAACUUAUGUUUAACAACACCAGAAACUAUUUUGGAUGUUUCUUUUCUUAUAAUGGAAGUAUUACACUCUUGUGUGUGUCGUACAGCGUCAGGGUACAGCACUUUUCACAGUUUAUGAUGAAAUUAUUCAGUGGUAUCUACCAAUGUUUUAUUUUCAGUCUUGUCUUGAGUGUGCAUUAUUACACUGUUUUGUUUGAUCCUGUUUUGUGCCCCUGUUUCUUGUGUUUGUUGAGACAGCCCAGUGUUGACAAUAUUGGAACAAUUCCAUGCUCAUCUGUCCCUGUAAGCUCCAACUUGUUUAUGUUAUGUCCUUGCGCUUCAAAAAUACGUGUUUUGGUUAAAAGAAGCAAUCACGACGAAGUAACUAGUUCAGCAUUGUAACAUUUGAUGCAGCGACUAAGUAACUAGUUCAGCAUUGUAACAUUUGAUGCAGCGACUAAGUAACUAGUUCAGCAUUGUAACAUUUGAUGCAGCGACUAAGUAACUAGUUCAGCAUUGUAACAUUUGAUGCAGCGACUAAGUAACUAGUUCAGCAUUGUAACAUUUGAUGCAGCGACUAAGUAACUAGUUCAGCAUUGUAACAUUUGAUGCAGCGACUAAGUAACUAGUUCAGCAUUGUAACAUUUGAUGCAGCGACUAAGUAACUAGUUCAGCAUUGUAACAUUUGAUACAGCAGACUGCAUCCUUGUCACAUGGGUGGAUUGUUCACCCUUGACAGUGAUAUGUCAACACCAUUUUGAAAUAAAGAUACUCUCGGUA